AAUUUACAGGAACCUAUAAAGCCCGUGACAGAACUCGUUUUACCUACACCGCCGUGUGUUUAUCAACCAUUGAAAUUAAAUUACCGAAUAAUCCCUACUGAACCUUCCCUUCCUUAUCAACCGCAAACGGAAUAUCCAGUUUCCAUACAAAUACCUCAAGUUCCUGAAUCUUUGGAAAUAGUCACGUCGGAUCCUCUUCGAGGAAAAUCUUACGCUUACAACAUUCAGACUCUACCACCUCCAUCCGUGCCAAUUACAACGAGAUACGAUUUCGAUUUUCAAGUGCCACCUUCACCAAUUUCAACGACACCGACGCCACAAUCUAUGAAACUCUUGACAGGUCUCACUAGUAAAAUUGACAAGGUUUUAAUUCCUGCCUGUGAAUUGCCAUCUUCUAGCUGCUGUAAGACUGAUACGGCAUAAAUUUAUUUCUUAUGUAACGCAGUGUUUCUCAUUAAUUGUGAGAAAUGCAUAGGAUAUAUAUAUUAAUUCGGAUAUACAUAGACUUAAAUAAAAAGUAAAUAAAAAGAUA